AUGAGUAACAGCUGUCAACUUAUCGUUUGUUUAAAAAGUAAUGCUCGCGGUUUCGGUCAACGCAAAAAUGUCAUUCGCAUCAAAACUAACCAGCAAAAUCAAAUUUUUCUUGUUUCAGAUUUCUUGUUUGCCGAGUGUUUCGAUCCAACAGAAAUCUCCAGCGACAAAAUUGGUCUUCGUAUUGUCAAAUCGGAAUCAUUGGCGUAUCGACCGAAACAUGGCAUCGUAACUCGUAUUGUUGGUGGUAAACCAUGCAACUAUGACUACGUUUGUCAUCAAUGCGGCAAAUCCUAUAUGCGUAUCAAUACACUCAAGAGACACAUGAAAUGGUUUGUUAUGUCCUUCGAAAGUUACUAUCAACAAAUAAUAUCAAGUGGCAAUGAGACAAUUCGCGACUUUGUAGAUCCACGAAUAUUUAGAUGUGAAGGUUACAGUAUGAGCCUGUGGCAAGGACUGAUAACCCCGUCGAAUUACUCGCAAACACUGCCAAUUGGCAACAAGAAUAAGGCGAACAUGUGCGUACAAUGCGGCAAGACAUACGUACACGACUUCACGCUGCGACGUCACAUGCGAUACGAGUGCGGCAAGCCGGCCAGGUUCUGCUGCCAUUAUUGCCCACACAGAAGCAAAUAUAAGGCCAAUGUACAGCAGCACAUUCUACAGUUGCACAAAGGGGAACCUUUACCCAGCGAGCGACAUCAUCCUAACAUACUGGCCAAGAGAAGGAAGUUCCCAGGACCGAACAACUUCAAGUGCAUCAAAUGUGGCAAAAGUUACAAUCACGUGAAGAAUCUCAAGCGACACGAGAAGUACGAAUGUGGCAUGCCGCCCAAAUUCGAGUGUUACCCACCAAACUGGAAUCAGCCACUUCACCGGCAAACCUGGCCGACUCCGAAUACGAAACGAAAUUCCGUGGCGUGUGGGAAGUGCGGCAAAUCGUAUUCAACGGCUGGUAAUCUAAGUCGACAUGAAAAAUACGAGUGUGGAAAGGCUCCAGGAUUCCGGUGCUCCGAGUGCUCUUAUAAGAGCUACUACAGAUUCAAUAUGGAAAGACAUCUUGUCAUCACGACAAUUGCGAGAUACGUGAAUGUUACUGACCAAGCAAUUUUCUUUUCAGACCUGCUGAUGGCGACGUAUCAUCAUCCACCGAGAUACCUUGUGGUGCCGGAAAGUUUAACGUGCCAUAGAUGCGCAAAAGCUUACAAGACUCCUGGUAAUCUCAGGCGGCAUCUCAAGUACGAGUGUGGCAAACUACCGAGAUUUCACUGUUCAACCUGCGGCUAUCAGUUCGAUGAGUUUUCCGGUGGCCUAUGGUACGAGCCUCAAGUACCUCUGCCAGUACCUAACAAUAAAUCAGGUGGCUCGAGUGAAGAGGGUAAUAAUGUGUGCCCACGUUGCCGUAAAACCUACAUACAUUCCAGGCAUCUGAAACGCCAUAUGAAGUACGAGUGUGAGAAUCCAAGGCGAUUCUGCUGUUCUUACUGUCCUCAUCGUAGCAACCACAAGAUCGAUAUGCAGAGACACAUUGUUAGACGUCAUCAGGGCAAAAGCAUCAAGUUUUAUGUUCUCAAAUGA